AUGUUGAUUGAUAGACAGGGCAAUACAUCUGCCGCGGGUCUUUGGAUAAAGCAUGAUCCGGAGCAGGAACCCGAUGUGGUGGUCUACUACAUUCAUGAAUACUCACUCGCACCCGAGGAAACGCACCCGACUCAGGUCAACCAGGCCGUCCUUGGAUACAGGCACGUUUUGGAAGACGUCAAAGACGCAUCCAAGGUGUGCAUCGCUGGAGACUCAGCCGGCGGGACUUUGACACUCAGUCUUCUUUUAGAGCUAGGGAAGAAAACGAAUGAAUUUCAACUGAACGGCGCGACGACACUCGCUGUCCCCAAAUUGGCCGUCCUGAUCUCACCCUGGAUUACGCUCGUUUCAAACAUUCACUACCCAUCAGAGGUCGACUACCUAGAACGAGACACGUUGUGGAAGUAUGGGAAGGCGUAUAGAGGAUCAGCGGUACAUGACCCUAUAGCAUCACCCGGACUGUGUGAAGACGGAGACCUCUGGACAGCAGUUAGUCCACAGCGAGGAUACUUCAUCGUCUACGGGGAGGAAGAGACGCUUGCACCCGACGCAGAGGCAUUCGUUCGUCAUCAACGAAAAAACAAAAUCGAAGUAGACGCCAUGGAGUUCAAAGGCGGUAUUCACGCAUGGCCGGUGGCAUCACUAAUGCUGUCUGGAACAUGGGAUCGGCGGUUACAGGGACUCGAAUCUAUCGUCGGGCACGUUAGACAGAAGUUCAUGAAUGACAUUGUCACAAGAAAGAAAAAUACUAUCUCUGACAUAGAAGCAUCAGAUUAG